AUGGCCAUAUUUAGGAGCUUCCGAUCACUUGCCUUCCUUUGUUUGGUUACGGUAGGUCCCCCCUCUGUUAUCGCCCAUUUCUUGCAGGUUGUUUUUGCCGAGUCCAAGACCAUCUUCUACCGAUUUCAUGACAAAAAUAGUAAGUUUUAAAUGUGAUUAAUAGUUCUACGGAUUUUUUUGUGAAAAACGCUAAUGCUUAUAAUUUUUUUUCGUUUGUUACAAGAUUUUUUUUUUAGAUGCCUCAAUCAACAACUGUAUACUCAAAGCCAUGGACAAACUGCGACAAGAGACAUGCCUCACAUUCUCCAAGGUCCCAAAACCAGUAAAGGAAAGAGUAAUUUCCUUUAUUGAAUCCAAGUAAGUACCGGAAAUAAGUCAGUGAUUAAUUUUGCACUUUAGUCACUGCGCGUGGCAAGACAACAAUUCUACUGUACACAUGGCCACUCAUUGUCUAAAUGUAAGCGCAUACCCCAACAUGAUUAUUACUUAUGUGAAUUGUAGGACGAUACUUGCACUAACAUCAUCAGCAAAGCCCUGACCAACGAGAGACCUCAGUAUGGAGUUGUCAGACAUUUAAAUUUGAAAUUUAAUUGCACAGGUAAGAAAAACGACCGGUCGGCCUGAUUAGCUGGCUCUAAUUCGAAAAUCAAGGGGCUGGAGUGGGGAGGAACAGGGCGGGGGCAGAUGUGGAGGGAUUAGUCCAGUCAGUUAUGAUCGCUUUGGCGGAAAGCGCGAGCAAUUCGAGCUGUGGGGACAGCUGUUUUCGCAACCAAUUUGUAAUUAGCCCGUUCGAAAUCAUGUUAAUUUAUUUCUCUUAUGUAAAUUCGUGACCGUUUAUGGUAGCGUAUUAGUCCAAAUUAAACGGGCAAUCAAGAAUAAUUGGCGGUUCCUCCGGGGGAUGGCCAGAGGAUAUAAAAGUGGAUCGGGCAGCUGUCCGAGUUUCUUAACUUCAUGCCCACUUAAUUUCUGAAGCUUUGCCUAAUCGUGAGGGCUAAUUGAAUCCAAAGUCAGUGCCCCGGAAACCCGAUCUCAUAUUGGAUGGACAUAAAAAUGGGUACACUCGACCCAUCGGGACUAAUCAAAUAAGAGAUGCGCACACCUUGUUGACCUUCGGCACGAGGAAAAACAACUUGAGUGAAGACUUCCGAAAGAAAGUUUCUUUCUCCUGCCGAGAGUCGAGAGUGAAUGGCCGAGAGUGUAUGUCCAGCAGAUCAGAAUGCUUUGUUUGCUCAUCCUCCGGAUUUGUCCAAAUCUCUUCCCUGAAAAGCCAAAUUCUGAUAAUCCCUCGUCCAAAUAAAGGUUCGGGAGUCGCAGCGAUUCAAUAGAACAGGCCAAGGUAUUAGAACCGUCGGACAUUGGUUUGAUCAUACGCCAUUAGUGGGUGACUGAAUUUAUGGGUGACGCAGAGUCGGGUGGUGCAGGUUCGGGUGAGAACUUUCGGGUGAUCGCAAAGUCGGGUGAUGCAAAGUCGGGUGGUGCAUAUUCGGGUGAUGGAAUUUUGGGGUGGGGGAAUUCUCGGGUGAUGAAAAAUAUUGCACUGAAGGCUACUAAAUAUAAAAUAUUGUACUAAUGGCUACUAAAUAUGACGUAAUAUUGGUAAAAUCUUAAAAUUUUUUAAAUUUUAUGCUUUUUGGGGUUUUCAACCAUCACGAAUCCAAAAAUAGAAACCAUUUUGUUCGAAAUUUUCUGUGAAUAUCAGUCUGUCGGGAAAAUAACGGCGGAUCGUCGCAGCAAAAUGUCUCGCCUCGCCGCUAUCGCGCACCAAAUCCCAAGCCGCGGCUUGCAGUCGCAAAGCGAUGAUGAGCGACUCCGAGGCGCGACGAUCCGCCGUUUUUUUCCCGACAGACCGAUACUAUUUUUCUGCGAUAAUUUUCGAAAAUUUAUUUUUGUUUUUUUUUUUUGAAGGUUUCAAUGUCACGUCAUAGUUAGUUAUGAUCAUUACAACAUCGUCCAAAUCACCAUAGAAAUUUCCCACUUCAAAAUGGUUUCCAUUUUUGGAUUCCUGAUAUUCGAAAACCCCAAAACAAAUACAGAAUUCGGUUUAUUCAUAAAAUUUACAGUAAUUCUUAUAUUUACUUACAAUUAAAACAACAAUAGUAAUACACACAGAGAAUUUUGAACAAAAUGGUUUCUAUUUUUGGAUUCCUGAUGGUCGAAAACCCCAAAAAGCAUAAAAUUUAAAAAAUUUUAAGACUUUAACAAGAUUACGCCAUAUUUAGUAGCCAUUAGUACAAUAUUUUAUAUUUAGUAGCCUUCAGUGCAAUAUUUUUCAUCACCCGAGAAUUCCCCCACCCCAAAAUUCCAUCACCCGAAUAUGCACCACCCGACUUUGCAUCACCCGACUUUGCGAUCACCCGAAAGUUCUCACCCGAACCUGCACCACCCGACUCUGCGUCACCCAUAAUUUCCUGACCCCGCCAUUAGUUGUUAUUGGUCUUCAGUUUAAUGCCGAGGCCUUGGUUUAAAUCCUCUUUGCAAUGUUCGGGAGCCUUUAAAUCGCGAACAAUGCAAAGUCGUUAAAUGGGCAUAAAUGUCAUUGACGGGAUUCAAAAGCGCCGCUGUCAUGGAUCCGAAAGACAAUACGCAUUAUUUCAGAUAAAUGCACGACCUUUUGCCAUAAUGGAGGUACCCUUCUGGAGGAUUGCACUUGCAAAUGUGGGUACGGGUUGACCGGCAAAUUCUGCGAACAACUCAGUCUCAGCAGCCAUUUCAACGACCCUGCCUGUGGCAUCAUUAGGGCCGAAAGCGAAGGAACUUUGUCACUGAGGUAAGCUAAAGAUAAUUUAAUUUUUUUUAUUUUGUGGAAUCUUAAUUUUCGCCCUCCUUAGCAUGGUUUAUUUUUAGAGUUUUUAAGUCGUCAACUUGACGCAUUUCUUUGUCAAAUUGCCGUAAUUUCCGUCAUGUCAAAUCGUUCUGUCAUUUCGACUGUCAAAUUAAACUUUUUGGAAAAUUCUUGUUGUUUUUUGCAAAAAAUCGUAAUAAUUUACAAUUUUUAGGAGCUAAAUUUCUCCUUGUUGUCAAAACGACCGAUGAAAUAAGCAUUAAAAAUAGUUAUGACAAAUAAAAACGGUAUUCAUCACAGUCUAUGUUAAACUCGCGUGUGAAAGCUUCGAACAUCAGAAUUUUCAAUUCAACCAAAAUGACGGAAAUUUGACGUCAUUUUGAAAAAUCCUGUCAAAUUUACAACCCUAUUUAUUUUUAUUUCAUAAUUUUGGAUUUAUUCGUCCGUUUUGACGUUGCGCAACACAUGAUUUACGAUGUUUUUAUUUCAUUCUAGUACUUACCCCGGCGAGAAGGAUGGAAGAGCGUUCUGUCAGUGGCUUGUCAAACCCGCAAACCCUUGGGAAACCAUCGAAUUUGAAUUUCUGGAGAUGGAUUUGAAUUCCCAAGAUCUCUUAACUAACUCGGAUUGCGCUGACAGCUUCGUUGUGCUGGGAUCCAAGGAUAUCAAGACACAGUAAGUUGAAGAGACAGGCAUCCUAACAAAAUGAUGGCAAUUAGUAAUUAAUAAAAUACUAUUCUUUAGAAUCCCCUGUAACGAAAAGUUCAAGCAAUACAAGAACAAACUCUACCGCUCGGAUGGAGAUUGGGUCAUGUUUGUUUUGAAUGGAAACUCGCACAACAAGAAAUUUAGAGGUCCCUUGAUCAGAUAUAGGAUUGUUAACUCAUCCAACAAAGAGAUCAGAUCAUUCAGUCUGGAUUCCUUCAUCAACUCCGCCUCAACGAUCGGUCUUGGCCUUAUUCCUUUCGUGGCCUUCAUUUUGUCCUUCUAA